AUGAAUGUUGAUAAGCUUUUCAAAAUCCCUUCGAAUAAAAUACCUAGUGGAAAGAAUAAGCGAAAACUUUCUGCUAAUCCUAAUAUAGAAGUAUUAAAAGCCGUACGUUUACAUAAUGAAGAACAGGAGGAUGGACCUUCCAUAGAAAGCAGUGGUAGUUCAAAGAAAAAGGUUGUUCGAAUAUCGGACGAACAAAAACGUAUUUUGGACUUGGUAGAUCAGGUUGAUGUUGAAGAGCCAGAAGCUUUAGAUGUCGCAGGCGUUCGUAAAAUGAUUCUUAAACUUGAAAAAGCUAUAACCAAGAAUCAAGAACUUCGCGUCAAAUUCAGCGAUGAUCCAACAAAGUUCAUGGAAUCUGAAGCAGAUCUUGAUGAAGGGAUCAAACAUCUACUGACACUUACCGAAGUACCUGAUUUAUAUUCUCAAGUUGUUCAAAUGGGUGCCAUACCAUCCAUUGUUUCACUUUUGAGUCAUGAGAAUACGGACAUUGCUAUAGACGUUGUAGAAUUAUUAAAUGAAUUGACAGAUGAGGACGUAGUUGCAGAAAAUGAUGAAGAUGCUAUGAAAGUUUUUAUUGACUCUUUGAAUCUUAGUAGAUUAAAUGAGGAAGAAUCCAAUGAUAAACAAGGCAUUUUCAAUACACUGGGUAUAAUUGAAAAUUUUACGUCAUUUGACCCAACAUUAUCAGAGAAACUUGUAAAAGACACCAAUAUGUUACAAUGGAUACUGACGAGAAUCAAAGUCAAAUCAUUUGAUUCUAAUAAACAGUAUUGUAGUGAAAUAUUAGCAAUUUUAUUACAAAGUAGUCGAGAUCCUAAAGAUGCAGACGAGACCGAAAUGAUGGAGAACUUUUUCGACGCAUUGUGUUCAGCAUUAGCCGAGCCUGAAAUUAAGCAAAAGUUUCUCGAGGGAGAAGGGGUUGAGUUAAUGCUAAUUAUGAUGAAAAUGCGUUCCAUUAAAGUAUUGGAUUAUGCAUUAUCCACACCAGAAGGAGCUAAUAGUUGUGAAAGAUUCGUAGAGAUAUUUGGACUAAAAACACUUUUUUCUACUUUUAUGCGCAAGGGCUUAAAAAAAUUCAAAAAAAAUUACAAAUCGUUUUCGGAAGCUGAAGAAGAAGGUAUCAAUGUUAUUGUAAACUUACCACAAAACAGUGAACACCGAUUAAGGUUAUUUGGCAAGUUUGUUGAAAGUGAUCUUGAAAAAGUUGAUAGGCUACUUGAGAUGAGAGAAAACUAUGAAUUCAAAGUUUCAACGGUAGAUAAGGAAAUUGAAGAAGAAAAGGAAGCAUUAGAAGAUGAUGAGAUCGAUGAUGAGACGUUAGACGAAAUAUAUUUGAGAAGAUUAAGUGCAGGAUUAUUUACUUUACAGCUUAUUGAUCUCACGAUCGCAUGGAUUUGCUACGAGGAACCCAUGAUUAAAGAACGUGUAACAAUCCUCUUGAAUCGUACUGGACGGAGCAUCGCAAAUGUGAAAACCGUAUUGGAAGAUUUUAUUAGCGCAAAUGCAACCAAGAUUAGUAAUUCAAGUUCAAAACCUGGAUUUUAUUAUACUGUAGACAAUUCAGGAUUGCAAUUACUAACAGGUUCUAAUGAUAUUGCAGAUAAUGUUGUGGGUAUAUUAUACAAUGUCCAAGACCCAUGCUCAUCUCAAUGCCAACAAUCUUUACCUGCCAUUUCAAAUGAUCUUAACAACUCGAGGAUAGCAGUAAUAAAUUUAAGUUCCAAUUGUCCAGUUAAUCAACAAAUCAUUUCUGUACAAAAUUGUGGGGAUAUUGGAGCAAUUAUUUUUGGUAGUGAAAGCGAUGAUUCCUUAAAAAAAGAUUCAGUUACUAUCACAGUAUUAAGAAUCAAAACCAGUAUGGGAAAUAAGCUAUUAACUACUAUGAAUGAUACUAUAAGUCAAAGUUCCGGAUCAGAACUAGUUCACGUAGUAAUCAUUUACACGCAAGAUACUAAUAUGAAUUCUAAAUUACAAAUUUUUACAUUGGAUAAAUCUAUUGUUAAAAAUUUUCCUACUAAAACAUUUCGAAAGCAAGAUAAUACCAACCAAUCCGAUGACCCUUUUACAUCUGUUGGCUCUUCUAUUGCUUCGUCAUCAAAAGAUGCCAAAAAUAAUGGUGACUAUUCCAAUGAUGAAACUGCACCGCAAGAUGUAAUUGAUAAGAGAGAAAAAAGAUUUGCUCAAGCUUUACAGGUUCAAUCAAAUCUUGAUUCGAUUUAUGACACAUCCAACAGUCGAUCUAAUAGAUAUAGUAGAUACAAUAGACACAGUAGACGUCAUAGUAGAUCAAAUUCCAAUUCUUCUAUUUUCUCACGGAUUCUUGAUAUCUUUGGUUUUGGAAAUUCUAACAGUAAUGGAAAUCGUUCUCACAUGAGACCAAACAACGGAAACGUGAUUGCCAUUCAAGAACUUUCUCCUGCAGUCAUUCGUUCUGAUAAUACUUCGCGCAUG